GUACCUUCAUGUCUUACUGUCCUAUACUGGUUCGACACUCCCAGCAAUUUGUAAUGAUGAUUCCGACUCUUGAUGCGCCUUAUAGCGAUUAGCGCCCGGUGUGUCCUGCUAUCGGAGCAACAGGAUGAUCUUGUAGAUAGCCUAAGUUGGUAUUCCGAACAACGAUCCACUACCCCUCCGCCACGCCGCCACGAAGUCCAAAGGCGUCGGUACAACAAACAUAUUCCGAGCCCUCGGGAUAAGAUUCGUCACCACAGGGGAUUGUCUUUCAAGAGUAAAGGAGAGAAGCACGCAUAUAAGAACUCUAUUCAAUCCACUACGAGUCCACAAUUCUCCAACUUUAUCCACAUACAUCCAUCUACUUUCGCAUCAUGAGACAGGAACGCGCUACCCUUCCGACGCCCACGUCGUCCGACUCCUUCUGGCAUAGCGAGCCAAACGAAUAUCUUAUCGGCCAUCGCACAACGGAAAACUUGCCUGCCGAGGCUGACAUCGUUAUUGUGGGGUCUGGUAUUACGGGUGCAAGUGCGGCCAGAUACCUUGCUGAGGAUGAAAGGGCCAAUGGCAAGAGCAUCGUAAUACUUGAGGCGAGAGAGGCGUGUUGGGGUGCUACUGGUAGGAACGGUGGACACUGUCAACCCCUCUUAUUCGACAGAUCUAGCGAUGUGGCCAGAUUCGAACUUAAGAACGUCGCUGCAGUGCGAUCCUACAUACAGAAUAACAGUGUACCAUGUGAAUGGCGAGACGUGACCGGCUGUCGGACUUUUUGGAAUCAAGCGGCACUAAAGGAGGUUGAGAAUGAGCUUCGGCAUCUCCGCAACGUUGCGCCCGAGAUAGCGGCAAAGGUAACAGUGAUCAAGGACAAGGAGGAGCUCAAGAAGCAUCGCGUCUCGCCUGACUGCCUAGCAGCGACGUUGAGUGAGGGAGCAGCGAGCUUGUGGCCAUACAAGCUGGUCACAUUCAUUCUACAAAAGCUCGUGCAAGACGGCCGAGUAAAUCUCCAGACCAAGACCCCCGUUACAAACGUUACGACUUCUGAGGGUAAACAUACACUACACACACCUCGCGGUACCAUCAGCAGCAAGACAGUCAUUCUCGCAACAAAUGGCUACACCUCAGCUCUCCUGCCCCACUUUGCAGAUCUUAUCGUUCCAUGCCGUGGUGAGAUGUCCGCCUUGUUCCCACCAGAGGGGUCGACACUCCUCCCAAACUCCUACGGUAUGGUUGCUGCGCUCGGUCAGCCUGCUCAUAGCGACGACUACCUUAUCCAGAGACCAUUCGAGGGUGUGCCAAACCCCGCCGGUCACCUCAUGUUUGGUGGCGGCCGCGGAGCUGGAAACUACCCAAGUCUAGGCAUCUCGGACGACAGCAUCAUCGACGAGGGAUCUGCUGCCUAUCUUCGAGGCGCUCUGCUCAAGGUACUCGAACUUGACGGUAAGACUGAAGGUCUCAAAGAAUUGAAGGCUGCUGCUCAAUGGACUGGUAUCAUGGGCUACUCCCGUGACAAUCACCCAUGGGUUGGAAAGGUCCCGGACAGAGAUGGCUUGUGGCUUUGCGGUGGUUAUACUGGCCAUGGCAUGCCAAACGGUACACUGUGUGGAAAGGCAAUCGUGGACAUGGUGCUCGCAGAGAUUGGUGGACAAGACGUUGGCGCAGUGCAGGCGCAGAUGAUACAACAGGGUGAUAUUCCGAAGAGCUACAUUCUUACCAAACAGAGGAUUGAUAGGGCCAGACGGAUGCUUACGAUACAACAGCAGGAAGAGCAGGGUGUGCAUAUGAAUGGUGUCGUGUAGUUGGUGACAGUCGUAAGAAUGUUGUACAUUCAAUCGUUUUGUAAUAUGACGCCUUUUAUGA